UCGCGCACUCGCACGCCAACUCAGCGUGUUUUCCUUUUUUCGUCAUCGCUCUCUUUUGUUACUGUUGUUGUGCACAUGCCAGCCCAGCCAGCCCAGCCAGCCCAGCCAACCUGUAGCGCAUCAUUUCUCUUCCUUUGUCUCUCGAUUCCAUCUCUCGAUUCCAUCCACCACCACCACCACCCUCUUCUCCUUCCUCAACCCGCCACACACACACACACACACACACACACACGCAGCCAGCAGCAGGCACCAUGACGGAUAUCCUGAAUGCAGAGAAGUUGGACCAGAUCCGCAAGGAUGUGACGUCCAACCUGGCCUCGUUCACAAAGGAGUUUGUGUCACUGUACAAGUCUGCGCUGAUCGAGGAUGCGCUGCAGAACAGCGGCGGCAGCGGCGGCGGCGACGAUGAGGGCGAGGGCGAGAACGAGCGCCAGCUCCUUGUGCGCCCAGAGGCCGAGGAGAGCAACGAGCCCCUGUUCACUGCCCAGCUGGUGAAGCGCGGCCAGGUGCGCAAGAACUGGAAGGAGCGCUUCUUCGUGGUGCGCCCCGACCACGUCAUCGACUACUACGAGACGGAGGACAAGUACAAGAGCGGCGGCUCCCCCAAGGGCUCCAUCAACCUCAGCGGCUACACCGUCGUCACAAACCCCAACCAGCGCAAGCAGGAGGAGAAGCAGGAGCUGGCCAAGCUGUUUGGCGGCAACGCGGGCGAGUACAGCAAGUACGAGCCCUACACGCUCGAGUGCUACCACCGCGUCAAGCGCCGCUGGCUCAUCAAGUGCAAGGACCAGGCCCAGUUUGAUGAGUGGGCCGACAUCCUGCACACGUGUGUGCGCAACGUCGAGGCCGGCACCCUCAAGGACGAGCUGCAGAAGGAGGCCUUUGACAAGGCCGUGGAAAACCUCAGGAACCGCCUGUGGGAGGCCCUGCCGUACGGUUCCGAGGUCGACAUCCUCACCGAGAUCCUCGCCAACUACACAUGGCGCAAACGCGUCGGCGACGACGCCUUUGCCAAUGUGCCCGGCCCGGCCAACAUCAAGGUCAAGGCGCUCGCCAAGGGCUUUGAGACGGUGUACAAGCUGGUGGAGACGACGGUCAAGGCCAGCUGGGUGGCCACCAUGGCCGCCCUGGACAAGGCCAAGCAGCUGGUGGAGACGGGCUUCUCCAAGGUCGCCGAGCAGGCCGAGUCCACCCGCGGCACGCUCACGGACAAGAUCAACGACGCCAUUGAGCCUGUCGUGGCGCCGAUGCGCGAGAAGGUGAUCGUGCCCGUGUGCACCAAGGUGGCCGCCUUCCUCAUCCCGCGCACCAAGGAGCCCGUUGCCUCGAUCGAGCCCGUGCUGGAGGCCGAGACGGCCGCCUACUGCGAGGAGCGCGCCACGGGGGGAAACCCCUCCAUGCGCCACAUCAAGCGCUCCCACGACAAGAUGGUGCAGCCCAUUGAGGCGUUUUCGUCGCUGGAGGCCCUGCUGACGGCGGAGGAGGUGUUUGGCCUCAUCCCAGAGGGCGUCUCUGGCGUCGUCGACAACGUCAAGGAGGUUGUGGACAACCUGCAGCUCGGCGACUUUGUCAUGGCGCUGCGGGAGGCCACCUUUGAGAACACCGAGCGCGCCGCGUACACGUUUGAGGUGUCGCUCGAGGACGCCACCAACGGCGAGCACUCGCAGGUGCAGGAGAAGCAGGAGGUGGUGCUGACGCAGAUCAAGGAGAAGUACCACCACGACGCGCGCAUCGACGUGGCAGAGGCCGUGGGCGAGUUUGUGGGCGGCCUGGUCAGCGCGCUUGUUGGCGAGCCUCUCGGCGCUGCGUGCGGCGGCGCUGUUGAGCCACUCGACUCGCUUAUCCCGGAGCCACUGCAGGAGUACUUUUCCGUCAGCGGGGUGCUGGAGGAUGUCAUUGCCAACAUCAUUGAGACGGCCGCAUCGGAGGCCGUCGAGGCCGCAAUGGCCAACGAGUAGGCGCACCAUGUGUGUGUGUGUGUGUGUGUG